AACAAAGGUACUCUUGGUGUUGGACAUCCUGGUUUAUCUCGCAAACGUGCAUAUGAACAGCGAGCAAAAACCAUUGGAGUUGAAUAUGAUCGCCUAGGAAACGUUAAUAAGAUUAUUGACAAGCGAAUAGGCGAGAAAAAUCAAGAGAUAACCAAAGAGGAGAAGGCUUCUUUGAGAUUCACAGCAGAACGAGUCAAACAUUUGAAGAAAGGCAGCAAAUUCAAUUUAACAGAUGACAAUGAUGACGAUCAAGUCUUAGAGACGCUUACCCAUGGUGGAAGGGAAUUGACGACUAUCCAAAAAUAUGACAAAAUCAUUGCUUCCGAUGACGAAGACGAUACUGGUAACAUCGGUGCUGAUGUGGUCAAAGCUGCUCACUUUGGUGGUGGUGAUCUCGAUUCUACCAGAAGUAGUGAAAAGAAGCUUACCCGUAAAGACAUUAUAGCUGAUCUUAUUGCCAAAACCAGGCAAGCUAGAGAAAACAAGCAGAAUGCAAAGGAUGACAUGGAGACUGCAACAGAGGAACUAGAUGCGAAGUAUUUAAAAAUUCUGGAUAAAGUAAAGAAUAGCUUCCGCCCCAUAGGAGCCACGAAGUCAGAGAAAGCGCAAAAAGACGACUAUGACCAACUAGCUUUAAGUCUGAAAAUUGACGCUGAUGCACGCGCUACUCCCGCUGAGCGCACAAAAACAGCAGAGGAGCUUGCAGCGGAAGAGAAACAUCACCUAGAGGAACUAGAAUCACUUAGACUUGGAAGGAUGAAUGCAGAGAAAAAUAAACGUGGUCACACCUCUGCUGAUGCAGACGUUUCCAGUGGAUCAAAGAAGAAGACAAAAAACGAAGGCUUUGAAGUUCGCUUUGACUCUUCUGGUGCUCUGAUAGACAAAGAUAAGGUGGAACGCGUCACCAAAAAGAGAAUUUUGAUUGAUUCUGAUGAUGAGUUGACAGAUGAAGAACUUGAAGAUGAUAAUGAGGAAGAGCUUGAUGAUCUGAUUGCUGAGCACGAUGAUGAACAAGCAGAAAGUUCAACAACAGCAGAUGCAAACAUGCAGGAAGGCUCCGAUGAAGAGGACGGUGAUGCAAGUGACGAAGAAGAUGCUGAAAUUGAAGACGAAGACGAAGAAGAUGAGGAAGAUGCUGGUACUGAAGGAGAUCAUGUCAUCGAACCAACGAUGAGCGACAAACGCGGAGAGAAACAUGUACCUACAAUAGUUGAGGAAGACCUGCAAAUCCCUUUCAUAUUCCAAAUGCCAACAAGUUUUGAAGCCCUGAAAAGACUUUUGGACAAAUAUCCUUCCAAUAAAUUGGAAAUCGUCUUAGAACGGUUGAUCAAGUGUCAUCAUCCUAGUCUCGCAGAAGGCAACAAGAAACUGCUUUCUAAACUAUUCCUAUAUCUUCUGCGUUUUUUCGACGAAUGCGCACAGUCGCCGCUUCUUGAUAAUUCUUUACGAGCACUUGGAACACUCACAAAA